AUGUUCUCCCCGUGUCUGCGUAGGUUUCCUCCGGGACCCACUUUGUUGUGUGUGUGCUCACAGGCGCCCUCUGCAGGCGGCUCCUCUCUCAACAGCCUGGUGGUGUCCUGUGCCUCUGCGGUGGGGGAGCGUGUGGCCUCCACAUACGAGUCCCUGUCUCUGCGCAGGAUGGUGAACAUGUACCUGCCCUCGGGCCUGUCCCGCUUCGGGGGCGCUGAGGCCUCUCUGGGGCAGGACUCGGGGCAGGACUCGGGGCAGGCCAAGAAGAGCUGCAGCACUGGGGACAUCCAGGACGAGGCCGAGGGUCCGAGCCGCCGCCUGUCCCUGCCAGGACUCUUGUCUCAGGGUAGAUACGCUGUUCACCUCUUAUCCUCCUCGUAUGGCUCCCUGUUGUCCCCUCGCCUCCUGAAGAGGGCGUGGCGUCCUAAGGCCCAGGCCCAGGCUCUGACUCCAGUGGGAGGAGUGUGUGAGGCCCCGGAGUGCCUGCCGUCGUUACACACAGAGGUUUGGAGCUGGGGCCAGGGGCAGCAGGGUCAGCUGGGCCACGGGGAUCAGCAGGACAGAUCACAGCCCCAGUGCAUCAGGAGCCUCUCCAACAAACAGGUGCUGCUCAUCUCAGCGGGAGACCAGCACUCUGUGGCCCUCACUGCACAGUGCCAGGUCUUCUCCUGGGGCAGUAACAGCUGCGGUCAGCUCGGGCACAUGGACCUGCCCAGUACCAUCCCCCGACUGUCCAGACUUUCAGAGGGAAUCCGGGUCUGGGACGUCAGCGCCGGCCACAGCCACACUCUGCUGCUGGCGGACGGCGACUGCAUUCAGCCCAUUCUGUACUACAGCGGGCAGCAGGUGAACAAGGGCCCCCAGGAGAGCAGGGGCCCCCAGGAGAGCAGGGGCCCCCAGGAGAGAGAGCGAGGGGGGCCCUGCACCCAGCAGCCUGUGCUCCUGCCGUUCUGCAUGAACUUGGGGUAUGUGAGCAGCGUGGGGGCCGGCGGUCAGCUCUGUGCCGCGGUCUCGUCUCAGAACGUGGCGUUCUGUGCCGCGCUGCAUGAACUGGCCUCAGCCGAGAGGAAGUUCUACUGCAGACUGUGCUCCGUGAAGAGUCAGAUGGUGCGCCCCCUGCUGGAGCACGAGUCUGUGACUGUGGUUGCAGAGUCUGUGACUGUGUCUGUGGUUGCAGAGUCUGUGACUGUGUCUGUGGUUGCAGAGUCUGUGUCUGUGGUUGCAGAGUCUGUGACUGUGUGUCUGUGGUUGCAGAGUCUGUGUCUGUGUAGUCUGUGUCUGUGGUUGCAGAGUCUGUGUCUGUGGUUGCAGAGUCUGUCUGUGGUUGCAGAGUCUGUGACUGUGUCUGUGGUUGCAGAGUCUGUGUCUGUGACUAGUCUGUGUCUGUUGUUGCAGAGUCUGUCUGUGGUUGCAGAGUCUGUGUCUGUGGUUGCAGAGUCUGUGUCUGUUGUUGCAGAGUCUGUCUGUGGUUGCAGAGUCUGUGACUGUGUGUCUGUGGUUGCAGAGUCUGUGACUGUGUGUCUGUGGUUGCAGAGUCUAGUCUGUCUGUGGUUGCAGAGUCUGUGUCUGUUGUUGCAGAGUCUGUCUGUGGUUGCAGAGUCUGUGUCUGUGGUUGCAGAGUCUGUAGUCUGUGACUGUGUGUCUGUGGUUGCAGAGUCUGUGUCUGUGGUUGCAGAGUCUGUGUCUGUGGUUGCAGAGUCUAGUCUGUGUCUGUUGUUGCAGAGUCUGUGUCUGUUGUUGCAGAGUCUGUCUGUGGUUGCAGAGUUUGUGACUGUGUCUGUGGUUGCAGAGUCUGUGUCUGUGGUUGCAGAGUCUGUGUCUGUGGUUGCAGAGUCUGUGACUGUGUGUCUGUGGUUGCAGAGUCUGUGUCUAGUCUGUGACUGUGUGUCUGUGGUUGCAGAGUCUGUGACUGUGUCUGUGGUUGCAGAGUCUGUGACUGUGUCUGUGGUUGCAGAGUCUGUGACUGUGUGUCUGUGGUUGCAGAGUCUAGUCUGUGUCUGUGUGUCUGUGGUUGCAGAGUCUAUGUCUGUGGUUGCAGAGUCUGUGUCUGUGGUUGCAGAGUCUGUGACUGUGUCUGUUGUUGCAGAGUCUGUGUCUGUGGUUGCAGAGUCUGUGUCUGUGGUUGCAGAGUCUGUCUGUGGUUGCAGAGUCUGUGACUGUAGUCUGUGUCUGUUGUUGCAGAGUCUGUCUGUGGUUGCAGAGUCUGUGUCUGUGGUUGCAGAGUCUGUGUCUGUUGUUGCAGAGUCUGUCUGUGGUUGCAGAGUCUGUGACUGUGUGUCUGUGGUUGCGGAGUCUGUGACUGUGUGUCUGUGGUUGCAGAGUCUAGUCUGUCUGUGGUUGCAGAGUCUGUGUCUGUGGUUGCAGAGUCUGUGUCUGUUGUUGCAGAGUCUGUCUGUGGUUGCAGAGUCUGUGACUGUCUAUGGUUGCAGAGUCUGUGUCUGUGGUUGCAGAGUCUGUGACUGUGUGUCUGUGGUUGCAGAGUCUGUGUCUGUGGUUGCAGAGUCUGUGUCUGUGGUUGCAGAGUCUGUAGUCUGUGACUGUGUGUCUGUGGUUGCAGAGUCUGUGACUGUGUCUGUGGUUGCAGAGUCUGACUGUAGUCUGUCUGUGGUUGCAGAGUUUGUGACUGUGUCUGUGGUUGCAGAGUCUGUGUCUGUGGUUGCAGAGUCUGUGACUGUGUGUCUGUGGUUGCAGAGUCUGUGUCUAGUCUGUGACUGUGUGUCUGUGGUUGCAGAGUCUGUGACUGUGUCUGUGGUUGCAGAGUCUGUGACUGUGUCUGUGGUUGCAGAGUCUGUGACUGUGUGUCUGUGGUUGCAGAGUCUAGUCUGUGUCUGUGUGUCUGUGGUUGCAGAGUCUGUGUCUGUGGUUGCAGAGUCUGUGACUGUGUCUGUGGUUGCAGAGUCUGUGACUGUGUGUCUGUGGUUGCAGAAGUCUGUGACUGUGUCUGUUGUUGCAGAGUCUGUGUCUGUGGUUGCAGAGUCUGUGUCUGUGUGUCUGUGGUUGCAGAGUCUGUGUCUGUUGUUGCAGAGUCUGUCUGUGGUUGCAGAGUCUGUGACUGUGUCUGUGGUUGCAGAGUCUGUGUCUGUGGUUGCAGAGUCUGUGUCUGUGGUUGCAGAGUCUGUAGUCUGUGACUGUGUGUCUGUGGUUGCAGAGUCUGUGACUGUGUGUCUGUGGUUUGCUGUGACUGUGUCUGUGUCUGUGCUGGUGUCUGUGGUUGCAGAGUCUGUGACUGUGUGUCUGUGGUUGCAGAGCUGUGCUGUGUCUGUGGUUGCAGAGUCUAGUCUGUGUGUGUCUGUGGUUGCAGAGUCUGUGACUGUGUCUGUGGUUGCAGAGUCUGUGACUGUGUGUCUGUGGUUGCAGAGUCUAGUCUGUGUCUGUGUGUCUGUGGUUGCAGAGUCUGUGUCUGUGGUUGCAGAGUCUGUGACUGUGUCUGUUGUUGCAGAGUCUGUGACUGUAGUCUGUCUGUGGUUUGCAGAGUCUGUGACUGUGUCUGUGGUUGCAGAGUCUGUGUCUGUGGUUGCAGAGUCUGUGUCUGUGGUUGCAGAGUCUGUGUCUGUGGUUGCAGAGUCUGUGACUGUGUGUCUGUGGUUGCAGAGUCUAGUCUGUGUCUGUGUGUCUGUGGUUGCAGAGUCUGUGACUGUGUCUGUUGUUGCAGAGUCUGUGUCUGUGGUUGCAGAGUCUGUGACUGUGUCUGUGGUUGCAGAGUCUGUGUCUGUGUGUCUGUGGUUGCAGAGUCUGUGUCUGUGGUUGCAGAGUCUAGUCUGUGUCUGUGUGUCUGUGGUUGCAGAGUCUGUGACUGUGUCUGUUGUUGCAGAGUCUGUGAGCUCGGCCUUGGGGCAGGAGGCCUUCUCUCUGCUGCAGUCUGUCUCUGGACGCUUCAGUGUCCUGUGCCACCUGAGCGGGCAGCAUGCGGCCAGUCUGUCCGCCAACCUGCGGCACAGACAGGAGGCCGGCGCUCUGCUGUUCCCGGACCACACAGAGCUGUUUGUGGACUGCUACCUAGAUUACUGCAGCGCUCUGGGAAACUUCCAGGUCAUGGGCGGGUUCCAGACUCUCACUAAACCCUCUGCAGAGCUGUUUGGGAAGAGCCCUGAGCUGCUGCAGCGCUUGGCCGAGUGCAGCGAGGAGAACCCUGCGAUGACCGACCUCCUGGUGGCGCUAUUCUACCUUCCCACUCUCCAUCUACAGGAAUACUCUCGCCUGCUGUUCAAACUGGCAGCAGCUUUUGACCAGAGCUCGGCCCAGCAUCAGAGGCUGCAGGAGUCCGGCUCUCUGUGCGAAGCCGCUAACCUCCAACUGAAGCAGAAACACAAACAGGCCGAGUCCACGCUGCACUUCUGGAGGAGCUUCCCUGGGAAAAUGACCGACUCUCUGCGAAAGCCCCAGCGGCGCCUGGUGUGUGAGAGCAGUAACCGGGCCCUGAGCCUCCAGAACGCCAGCCGGUUCUCGGUGCACUGGUUCAUCCUGUUCUCCGACGCCCUGGUGCACGCGCAGGGCGUGGCUCCUCAUAAGAACCCGGACGCUCUCACAGAGAGCUCAGGCUCCCAACAAACGACGUACAGCCAGUCAGCCAGCCUCCUGCCGCAAAAGGGAGUGUCCUUCGAGCCGGAUUUUGAACCAGCGACCUACAGGACAGCCUUACAUUUCUACAGGUCCUCCGGCCUCUACCAAACUGAGCUACCGAAGGUGGUCACAUCAUAA